GUGUGUUGUCCAAUAAUUAACUACUGGACUGAUAAGGUAAAAAUAGGAGAGAGAAAGAAACAGUGAGAGGGGAAGAAAAGAGAGAGAGAGAGAUUGAAGGAAAGAAACACGUCAGAUAGAGAAGUCAAAUCAGCAAAGAAAAAGGAAGGACGUUGACUCAGCAGUUGCAGAUUAAGGGGAGAAAGAGGAAGAGGAAAUAUCUGACAGUGAACUAGUGUGCGCUGCAAGCGUAUGCUGAGUUUCUCAUUUGUUGCUUUUCCCUUGCCGUGGUUAAAUGUACUCCACGGAGGACACACAGGUGGCCAGGACCAUAGAGCUGAAUGAUGGCACACAAAUGCCAGUUUUGGGUUUCGGGACAUGGAAGUCCUGCAGUCUUCCCCGCUCCUCAGUCCAGGGUGCAGUGGAGGCUGCCAUCGCAGCUGGCUACCGCCAUAUAGACACCGCUCACAGCUACAACAAUGAGGCUGAUAUUGGCAAGGCUCUGUGCUCCAAGACACAGCAGGGCAUCAUCAGGCGCCAGGACAUGUUCAUCGUCAGUAAGCUGUGGUGUACCCAUCAUGCCCCAGAGGACAUCCCUGUGUGCCUGAAUAAAUCCCUGAAUGAUCUCCAGCUGGACUACCUUGAUCUUUACCUUGUGCACUUCCCCGUUGGCCUAAAGAAAAUGGGUGAUGACCUUUUCCCAAAGAAAGACGGAAAGAUGCUGACCUCUGAUAUAGAUUAUGUGGAUGUAUGGAGGGGGAUGGAAGCCUUGCAAGCCUCAGGGAAGGUUAAGAGCAUUGGUGUGUCCAACUUCAGCAUCCUGCAGCUGGAGAGACUUCUUGCUCUGUGCAGGGUGCCCCCUGCUGUCAAUCAGAUUGAGCUACAUCCCUACCUGGUGCAGACAGAGAUGAUAGAGUUCUGUAAAUCCAAGAACAUCGCCCUGACUGCCUACAGCCCCUUUGGCUCGCCUGGGAGACCCCCAGAGCUGUUCAGAGGAGACACUGAUCCACAUAAGCUCCUGGAGGACCCAGUCGUAUCAGAUAUAGCCAAGAAGCACAGACGCAGCCCUGCACAGGUACUGCUGAGGUACCAUGUGCAGCAGGGUAUUGCAGUCAUCCCUAAGAGUGACAAACCUCAUCACAUCCUGGAGAACACAAAGACCUUUGACUUCAGUCUGACUGAAGAAGACAUGAGAGCACUAAGAGGACUGGACCGAGGGUGGAAGGCCUGCACGCUGGACGAAAUCAAGUCUCAUCCAUACUACCCCUUUGUAUGAGGCUGCCAGGAGAGUGGGGAGAGAGAGAGAUGGCACACGGGACCUACUGAUACCGUAAACACCAAGACUGCAGACUACAGGGUCACACACUGUAUAUCAUCAGUGCCUCGUUUACAUAAUAAUAAUGAUAGAAUGUGAAGACAUAUCUUCCAAAUGAGGUUGUAAUGAAUGAUGAAAAGUGAGGUGCUUACUUUUCUAAUGUUUCCAUAUCAUGAAUAAAAUACUUUGUGUUUA